CACCACUGUGACGCUGGUCUUGGCCUACGCCAGUCGCCGCAUCGCAUACGUGGGCCAAAAAAGCAGACAGCCCCGCCCGCCAGGCGGCGACGCGCCAUGGCUGGCGGCCCCAAAACCAAUAAUGGAGGCGGCGCGGCCAAGCCGAAACGCGUAGUCUUAACAAAGAACCAGAAGAAGCGCCUCAAGAAGAAGCAGCAACGCGCGGCUAAAAAUAACGAGCCCGCCGCGCCGCCGCCCGCACCAGCACCUCCGAAGAAAGAAAACGUGGUGGUUGAGUACGUCUCCGCGGCUUAUGAUGCGGACGCCGCCGCGUCGUUGUUCAAGGACGUGUUCGCGAAGUUCGCGUCCGCCGAAGAAUUAACUACUGAUCAAGUGGAGGAAGCUGCUGAGGCACCAGCUGCAGAGAAAGCUACAGAUGACGUGGACGAGGACGAGGCCCCGGAAAAAAGACUAUCGCGGAAGCAGCGCAAGGCCAUGUCGCGCAUGACGGUGGCGGAGUUGAAACAAGUCGUCGCGCGGCCGGAGGCCGUCGAGGCGCACGACGUCACGGCCUCGGACCCGCGGUUAUUGGUGUUCCUGAAGUCCUACCGGAAUACGGUGCCCGUGCCUCGACACUGGUGCCACAAACGAAAAUUCUUACAAGGGAAACGGGGCGUGGAAAAAAAACCGUUCCAGCUCCCCGAGUACAUCGCCCAGACCGGUAUGCGUCAGUGUUGUCUAUUCGUGCGCCCACGCCAUCGACGCGACGUCGGCCCCGUGGCCGCGUCGGCUCGAUGGCUUGGAGGUAGGAGAGGACGAUGACGAAAAUCACGCAUCAAACAGUUAUCCCUGUCUGAGCGCCCUUGCUGUAAAAAACGGCGACGGGAGUGAUCGAGAGCUUCGGUUCGAGUCCAAACCCCAUACACCCAUACGAUUCACGUGAAAAUGCACAUCUCACCCCGUGUACCACGUAGGCAUCGAGAGAUCAGAAGAGCAGUGGAAGAGGCCAACGAGCAGAAGAAGGUCGCCGCGAAGCAGCGGGACCGCGUCGCCCCCAAAAUGGGCCGCAUGGACGUCGACUACCAGGUCCUGCACGACGCGUUUUUUAAGUGGCAGACGAAGCCGCCGCUGUCCGGUCCGGGUGCUGACCCAGUGUUGUUAAUGAACUUGAACUUGCCAUGUCGCGGCGAUGGCGUCGACGCGCUGUCACGCCGCCUCGGCGAUGGCGUGCCUGCGAGAGCUACACCACCGCCACGCCAUCGCCGCGUCGCCUCGGCGCCGUCGGCGUGGCCGUCAGAGAGUCUACUUCGCGAGGGCGUCCGUGCCACGCAGGCGAGGUCUACUACGAGGGCAAGGAAUUUGAAGUGCAUCUGAAGGAGAAGCGACCCGGGUUUUUGUCGGCUUCACUCAAAGCGGCAUUGGGGAUGCCCGAGGGCGCGCCUCCACCCUGGCUCAUCAACAUGCAGAGGUAUGGUCCUCCCCCGUCCUACCCGAAUUUGCGGGUUGCCGGGCUGAACGCGCCCAUUCCCGAGGGCGCGUCGUUCGGGUAUCACCCCGGAGGCUGGGGGAAACCGCCGGUCGACGAGUAUGGGAGACCCUUGUAUGGGGAUGUCUUCGGGGCCCAGCAAACGGCUCCCGAAGAGUCGUUCCGACCGGAAGAUACCGGUGGGCAUUGGGGGGAAUUGCCGGAUGAAGAUGACGAGGACGACUAUGACGAGGACGAAGGGUUUGAAGCGGUGGGAGGCGAGGAGUUUGCUGCUCGCACGGUGCAGCCACCUAGACGCGAGGAGGUGUCUUCUUCCGACGCGUCGGAGACCUCUGGUAUAGAAACGCCCCUGGACGGGGCCUCGUCCGUUGUGAGUGGCAUGCAGUCGUCUGGCUUGGAAACGCCGCAGUCGAUCGAUUUACGUAAAAGAGCUGGUAGCGAGACGCCGGAGCAGCCCCUUUACCAGGUCUUGGAUGAGGGCAAGGCGUCAGCAAGGCAGGCGGGGACGCUCUUCGCGAGCGACAAGCGCUACAACGUCAGUGGGGUCCAGGCUUCCAUAGAUCCGGAGGAGGCGGGUGACCAGAACGCGCUGCGAGAUGCGUAUGAGGGGGGCCGGGCCAAGGCCGACGCCGGGGUCGGCGAGGCUCUAGCGGAGGGGACGUCGGCUCAGAAAAGAAAAAUUGACGCGUCGCGCGGCAAGGCGGCGAAGCGGCGCAAGGAGAAGGACGACUUUAAGUUCUAGAUUUUCUC